AUGGCCGAGGAACGUUCCUCGUAUGACAAGGUCGACCAGCCGAAAGACCGUUUCGGCGGCUGGGAGGCUCGUGAGGUGGAUCCUAGACGUUCCGAGGACAAUGAGCCUCAGUCUGGCCCGGAAGAGAAUGACUAUCGUCGACCCCCUCUUAGAACAAGUGGCUGCUUAGCCAAGCCGGAGCGCCAUCGGGAUCUGAGGAUCAAGACGCCCGGAUCUGCCUCUCAGCCAAGACUCAGCACGAAUGAUGUCCCCUCAGGGACCGGAGAUGGGCUUCAGAAUGGAGAUGCGGAUGAAUGCAAAAACAGCCAUGUCGUCGAGUCUCAGGGGCAUCCGCUUUCGAGCGCAUCGGGUUCUGCUACCUCUUCUUCGAUCGACGGUCCAUCUAGGGUCUCGUCCCCUCCAUCACCAAUAAGCCCAACGGAUGUAUCGAAGCCGACGGUGCGUUUCAGCGACCGCGGCCCCCCUCGCGCCUUUGCAAAACGUCCUCCCAUGCCUCGGCGGUCGGGUGCAAUCAUCACGCCGAUGGCUGAAUGGGGCGUUCUGUUCGAUGAGAGGGGUUACGCAACUCUUCGAUGCAGCCAAUUUCUUAAAGGACUGGCUAAGCAUAUUAUCGACGACCUGGCACCCGGCAGCAGUAGUCUCGUCAUUACGCCAGAGAAGCUGAGCACGUUCUAUUCGAGAUAUCGGAUCGAUCAGGAGGUGUACUUCUUUAUCGAUAUAUUCAAUUCCAGAACCAGGGACGUAAAUGAACGCAUCGGGGACUUCUUCACCGACCUCGACUGCCAAUACCAUCUCGUUCAGCUCGAUUCAUAUUCGCGACCACGCGUCCCCGCCCUGACGCCGCUCGGCUUCGCUCAAUACCUAACAACAUGCAUCCUCGCAUACCCCGACGAGGAGUUCCGCCGUCUCAGCAAGGUCGUCGCAGACGUGCAACUCGUAGCCAGCGCAGACGGCCAAUUCGAAAGACUACCGCGGCAACUCCUCCGCAGCCAACUCCCCGUUCGCCACGACCCCAAGUCAAGAAAGAUCCUAGAAGCCGCGCUAGACGACCUCAUGUACGAUCUCAGGCUCCUAGGACCGGACAGCCCCAGAACGCCCGCCCCACUCGCACUCAUGCCGCCACCGCCACCACCACCGCCAAUCUCCGAAAGGCGGGGCUCGGGCUCGGGUUCAGGCUCGGCGGUAUGGCACUACCCGCCCCCUGAAAAGCCUCUUUCCGGCAAAGAACCAGCAUACGCACGUCCAGAACCCAGUAAACUCCGCGCGCGAUACACCCCCACCAGCGCCCUCCAAACCAUCGGCGAUGAAACCGCCUCCGCCUCCACCCCCACCUCCGCAGCGGAGGCCUUCGAAUCUAUGAACAGAUGUCUACGCCGGAACAGCUACCACGAGCGGUACACCGUCAACGACGAGCCGCGAGUAGUCAAAGCGGCACCGACGACGACGACGCGGACAUACCGCACAACGGCGUACACGCCCACGCCCACGGGGUCCACCACGCCGACGUACCGACGCGCGCAAAGCCCGCCGCUACGAACGUAUCGCGCUUCAGCACCGGAUGUGAGCGGGAGCGGGAGCGGGGGUUUUAAACCCGCGGGAUACCUGCCCGCGCCCGCGGAACGGAGGGCGUCGACGUCGACGGCGGCGGAGCACGCUGCGAGUUUAGGGGGUGGUGGGGGUGGGGAAUCGUGUUCGCGGCGGGGGAGCGUGGUGAGUGCGGGGACGCCUAGUUCGACUGCUAUGGCGUUAGUGCCUGUGUCUGGGUCAGAUAGUCAGCAGUAUGGUGGUGGGGGUCGACGGACGGCAUAUACAGCGCCUCCUUCGCCCGCGCCGGAGAAGAAACAUCAUAGUCAUCGGCGGCGGCGGAGCGCGGUGGUGAUGGUUGAUGAGGACAGGGGGCCGACGUGGGAGGAGGUUUUGAAGGCUCAGCCGUUGGUGUUGCAGAAUCGUAGGUUGGGGAGUAGUGGUAAGGGGAGUGGGGGACAUCACCAUCGACAUCAUUCGGGGUAUUAA